AUGAGCACCAACUCCCGGGGAUCCCCAAACAACGCUGUUCUGGAGGAGACCCAGAACCCAGACUAUGACCCGAAAAAGUUCUACCCAGCUCGUGUUGGGGAGACAAUCAAUAAUCAAUACCGGCUUAUUUCAAAACUUGGGUUUGGGACGGGCUCAACCGUCUGGCUCGCAAAGGAUGUGACAAGAUGGCGAUGGCAGAGUGACAGAUACAUGGCUAUCAAAAUCACGAAUUCCAAAGCCGAAGACCGAACCUCAGCUCAAAAGGAGAUACGGAUGUUUGAACGUCUGUCUCAAAUUCGUACAAAGCAUGAAGGCAAAGAAUUUGUUCGGCGGCUUGAGGAGUCCUUUGAGAUCCAGGAUCUCAAAGCAGACAACUUCCUGCUGGGGUUUGAGGACCCUGCUGUCCUUGAAGAGUAUGUGCGCCGGCAGGAAAGUGAUCCUGCGCUAUGUACAGAAAUAGAUGGACGACCGGUCUAUGAGUCAAGUCUAGAUUUCGGGCCACUCAAAAGAGGCGUUGGAAAGCUCAGGAUGAGUGAUUUUGGUGCUGCUGUCUCCGGUGAUGUGCCAACGCCUUACAACCAUGACAUUCAACCACAAGAAUUCUGCGCUCCUGAAGUUUUACUCAAGGCCACAUGGACCUACAGCGCUGACAUAUGGAAUUUGGGCAUGAUGUUAUGGGAGCUGCUCCAGGACUCUCCUCCAUUGAAUGGGAUCGGGCCGGGAUGCAACACUUACUCGCUCGAGGCUCACUUUGGCCAAUUAAUACGUCUUCUUGGUCCCCCGCCCACAAGAACUAUUGGAUAG